AUGUCAGAGAGCCAUAUAACCAAUAUACCGGCAAAUGGAUAUAAAGACAAAGCCAUACCUAUGUACUACCAAAAUGAAUGUGAAAAAAAUGAAUAUAAUAAAUAUGUUUUAGAUAUGUGUAAUAUGAGCCGUCGAAAUAGUGCAAGAGAAAAUAGUAUACCCAAAAAUGAUUCGGAGCAAAUUCAACCAAAUCCUAUUUUAAACACUUCAGAAGAUGUGACAAAUAUAUAUAAUCCUCAAAAUAAAAAUGAUGGAAAUGAUAUGUUAAAUCAGUUUAAUAAAAUAAAAGUAAUUCAAAAUGAAAAACCACAAAAUAGAGGAAUGAAAAUGGCUAGUAAAGCCAAGCCUAUAAAAAGGGUAAAAGGAAAUUUUCUUACUAAAGAUUCAAUUAGUAGAGAUAAUUUUAAUACCCCAAAUGAACAAGUAGAAAAUAAAUUCAUAGGUAAUGGCAAUGUUGCCCCGUUUAACGGUGCAAUUAACAACGGAAUAAAUAAUACCAUAGAUGGAAAUGAGGAUAAUAAAAUAUUAAAAUAUUAUGACAACUUAAAUAAUAAUCUAUUAUCUAAUAAUUUAUUACGAAAUAAUGGAAAUUUUUUGAAUUCAAAAAUGGAAAUAAAUAAUCCAGUAUUACAUAUAGUUGGAAAUAUUAUUUCCCGUAAAAAUUUGAUGUCCAAUAUUGGCGUAAAUUAUUAUACAAAUAAUAUUAUGAACGAGCAAGGUAAUAAUGUAAAUUUUGGAAAAGAUAUCGAUCUAAAUGGUAAGCAAAAUUUAAAUCAAUCAGAAGAACAAUCUGUUGAGAAAAAUAACCCUGAACAAUUAUCAACAGAAAAUAAUACCAAUAAUAAUUUAUUUCAUUCUCAAAAUGUAACAAACAAUAAUAGUAAUGACAUUACAAGAGGUAUGAAUAAUAAUAAUAAUUGGGGAGGACCAAAUAAAAUUUCUCCCUAUAGUUUAAAUAGUGUUAAUCUAAAUAUGCUAAAUAAAAAAUAUAAUUAUAGUAUGAGCAAUGGAAAUAUAAAUGCAAAUGUAUUAAAACUUAUAUAUCGCAAUGAUAAAUAUCCAAACAUUAAAAAUGUAGAUAAUCCAUCUUAUAUACUAAAUGAAGAAUAUAAUAAAAAUAUGAGUGGCAACCAUACAAGUAGCAAUAGUACUAAAAGUAGUAGUAACCACAGUACAAACAGUAUUAUAAGUUUUAGAGGUGUAAAUAAUAAUAAAAAUUUAAAGAUAGAUAAUAAUGAAAAAAAUUCAAAUAAUUUGAAAAAUACAAUUAAUGAAGAUAAUUAUGGAUAUAUAGAUCCAAUGCAAAAUUCUUCUGAACAAUUUCGAUCAAUAAUAAAUGCACGAAAUCAAGGAAAAAAUAUAAAAAAUGUUGUAAAUUUAAAAAAUUCAAAUAAUAUUCCCCCCAAUUUUAAAAUUAAUAAUAAAGAAAAUGUAAGAAACCUUGGAAUUCAUAUGGUUCCAAAUGGAUUAAGAAAUAACAUUGUAAAUAAUAUGAAUGUUGGAAUGGGUAAUGAUAUAACUAAUAACCUUGUUAAUCAUAUAAGCCAAAAACUUCCAAGUAUGAUUUAUUUAAAUGCAAAAAAUAAUGGUAAUCGUGAAUUGAAUAUUCCAAAGGCUCACUUAAAUGGUCUUAGUCCUGAUAUCGAUCCAAGUUAUAAAAACACAAAAGAUUUAAUCCCUUUACAUGACAAUAAUAUGAAUCAUCCCAAGCUAGUCGAUGGGAAAAUCAAAGCGAUGCCCCCAAAGGAUUCAAAACUGAUGAUAGACUCUGUUCGAAGCGACGCAAGCGUUAGCAAUGGUAGCAAUACUAGCGGCAUUAACAGCAUUGGCAAUACUAGCGGCAUUAACAGCAUUGGCAAUGGUAGCGGCAUUGGCAGCAUUGGCGGCAUUAGCAGUAGCGGGGCGAGUGGCGGUGUCGCCCAUGGUAGGAUCGGGGCGCCAAACAUAAGCAUGGCAGCAAAAAUAAAACCAGGUAUCAUGCUGCCAAACUGUGGAAAUAUAAAACUGAAUAAUAAUUUUAUUGAAUAUCAAAAAGAAGUAAACAAUAAUAAUAAUAAAAUAAAAAUAAACAAUAUACAUAAUGUAAAAAAUGAAAUGAUGAAUGAUAUAAAUAAUUAUAUUUAUAAACCCAAUAUAGAUAUUCGAAAUGAUAAUAAAAUAAUGAUGAAAGAUAUAACAAGAAAUCGGAAAGAAUAUUUAGUAGAACCAUAUAAAAAAUUUAAUCAAGAAAAUUAUCAUAUUAUGAAAAAUAUAUUAUUUAGUCGCAAUUUUGUUAACCCUCAAAUUAUGAAUGGAACAUUUAUUCCUAAUUAUAAUAUGCGAAGAAAUGGUAGUAGUAGUAGUAGUAGUAUUGCAAGUAAUAUAUCAAACAAUAGUAACAUUAUUAAUUGUAGUAAUAGUUUAUUUUAUUUAGAUAAUGUGUUAGGAUUUAAAAAUAAUAUAAAAUCGAAUGAACAACUAAAUAAAGAUAUUCCUACUUUUAGUAAUACAAAAAAUAAAAGUUCAAAUGAAAUAAUAAAAAAAGGCAAUAAAAUAAUAAUAACAAAAUAUGAAGUAAAAUCCUUUUUAGUAAAUACAAUAAAAGCUAUAGGAUGUGUAUUAAAAAAAUGGAAAAAUAAAAAAAUGGGUAUGUAUUUUUGGUUUCAUAUACAAUGUAUAGAAACUGAAAAAGAUUUAAAUUUUUAUAUUAAUAUUUUUAAUUCAUUAUUUGAAAUAAUAACAGGCAAAAAUAUAUAUUAUCAAAAUAAUGAUAUAAAUAAUAUAAUAAAUAUAUUUAAAGAAUUUAUUUUAUAUGAUUGUAAACAUAUUUUUAAAAAAAGUAUUAAAGUGUUAAAUAAUUAUGCAAAAAAAAAUUCAAACAAUUUCUCAACCUUUGGAAAUUUUAAAGAAGAUAUAUUGAAUGUUAAUAAAUCUAUAUUACUAAAUGAGGAUGACAAAAAAUCAUUCCUUACAUCAUCAGAUAAUUUGGUGCCAUCUACUGGUCUUGAAGUUCAAAAUGAAGACAACAAAAAAGAUAACUUCUUAGAACAUUUAUUUAACUCUAUGAAAGAUAAUUAUAAUUCUCUUGAGAAAAAUAAUGCAGGGAAGUUGUACUUAUCUAAUAUGUUUACAAGUUUUAGUGAAUUAAAUUAUAAUGAAAUAUUUAAUGUCUUUUUAAAGCAACCAAAUUAA